GGCCUGUAGGUGGAGGCUGGAGCCUGCUGGACCUCCAGAUGGGAGGAGGAGGCUCGGGGGCUUUGUUGUUAUAGUAAAGGCUCAACCGCGGUCAGCGUUUUCCUCUCACCGGGUCACGUUUCUUCUGUCCAGUUUUUUUGUUUUUGUUGUUUUCCACCGGAGGACAAAAACAAACAGAAAACACUAAAAAAAAUGUAUUUGGGGUUUUUAAAGAAGAGGAUCGAGAAGGAAAGGACGCAGUGAAGGAAGCCAGCCACGGAGAUAUUCAGUGAUGAUCUGCCAUAGAAACCAGAGUAUGGGGUUGCUUCAGCUACGAUCUCCACCCCUGCUAACGAAUCCUUGACACCCUGGAUGAACAUCAGACCCAGUGCUUGCCCUCUGACCUUAGAUGUAAAUAAGGUCGGACUCCAUCAUUCCUACUGCAAUGGAGAAUCACAGCCUGCUGUCCUUCACUGUGGCCUUGCUGGGUUUUCUGAGCCCAUGCCUGACAAGACUGACUCCCAGAGUGUCCUUCCCUCUGGGUAGUCCUGGGAGACAUCUCACCCACUUCAGUAGCCACGAUGUCAGCAACACCACCACACUGCUGCUUAGUGAGGAUGGAGACAUGCUGUACGUUGGAGCCCGGGAUGCUGUGUUAGCGCUGGAUGUUGGCCAAAAGGAUGCCAUCGUACUGAGAAGCAAGCUGGACUGGAGCCCUUCAGAGAAAGACCUUGAACAGUGUUCCAUGAAAGGCAAGAAAAUGGCCGACUGUCCCAAUUUCAUCCGCGUGCUGCAGUUUUUGAACGCAACCCACAUCUACGCCUGUGGAACGUUUGCCUUCAGCCCACGCUGCACCUACAUUAACUCCGAGACGUUAACGAUGAACCUCAAGCCUGAUGAAGGGAGAGGUCGAUGCCCCUAUGACCCAUACCAACGCAACACUGCCAUCAUCGUAGACGGAGAGCUUUACACGGGAACGGUGGCAGACUACAGGGGGAACCGGCCAGUCAUCUCCCGGCACCUCAGCGAGGGCAGGCGUGUUGACCUGAAGUUGGAUGAUACGUUAGGGUGGCUGGAGGAUCCAACCUUCAUCAGCUCCAGUUUCAUCCCUGACGAGGAGAAAAUCUACUUCUUCUUCAGCGAAGUGGGCAGAGAGUAUGACUUCAUCGACAAGUUUGUCGUCUCCCGUGUUUCUCAGAUCUGCAUGAGUGAUGUCGGAGGCCAGCGGACUCUGCAGCGACGCUGGACCACGUUCGCCAAAGCUCAGCUGUUGUGUCAGGCUGACAACGAGCUGCCCUACAAUGUGAUCCAAGACAUAGACACCCUCCCGCCAGCAGAUGGAGCUCCUGCAGAUCACACACUCUUUUAUGGCAUCUUCACCUCCCAGUGGUCCGUCAACUCUGGGCGGUCGGCAGUGUGCUCAUUCCGCUUGGCUGACAUCAAAUCGGUCUUCUCUGGUAAUUACAAAGUCCUGAACCGGGACACGUUACAGUGGAGCACACGGGUUCAAGAGAAAGUCGCAAAUCCAGGAGAGUGUGGUCUGCACAACGCGUCCGACAACGCUCUGCGCUUCGUCAAAGAGAACUUCCUGGCCGACGACAGCGUGCGACCAGUCGGAAGAAGUCUAACCAUGGUGUCCGCCGAACACAACUACAGCCAUCUGACAGUCCAGAGAGUCCAGGCUGCCAACAACAGACACUACACUGUCCUGUUUCUGCUUACAGAGUCCGGUCACAUGCACAAAACAGUGCUGCUGCAGAGUGGAGCCCACAUCAUAGAGGAGGUCCAGGUUUUUGAGCAGCCUCAGCCCAUCAAGAGCAUGAAGCUCUCCAUAUCCAAGGGUUUGAUAUACGUUGGCACAUCAGAGGGCGUGGUGAGGGUUCCAACCGCCAACUGCUCCUUCUACUGGACCUGCCCUCAGUGCGUUCUGGCUCGAGACCCCUUCUGCGGUUGGGAUCCUGCCAGCAGGGCGUGUGUGGAGGUCUCCAACAGCCAGACCAGUCUUGGCCAGGACAUAGACAGAGGGAAUGUUGAAGAGGCGUGCAACAGUGUGUCAUUGACGCACAGAGCCAGAUUUGGUCUGAACACGCUGCCCGCAGCUUCAUGUCCUGCAGGUGAGCUGGUGUCCGUGUCUCUGAAUGAAGUGGUGCGGCUGCAGUGUCCCGCGGCGUCACGGCUCUCCCAGCAGCUGUGGGAGCGUCCCAACAGCCGGCUGUCCCCGGACCUGUACCUGCACCUGGAGGAUGGCAGUCUGAGCUUCGUGGCCACCCCCACGACUCUGGGCCACUACAUCUGCCUGUCCACUGAGAACGGCUACCAGCAGACCAUGGCCAUCUAUCACGUCAAGCAAAAGAGCAGCCCCGUGGCUCACACUCCAACCAGCAACACGUGGCCUCAGACGCACCCUGUUCCUACCACAAAGGCUGCGGCGAGACCCGGGACCGGACGUGGACUGCAUACGUCUGUUGGGCCUAAAAGAACAGAAACAAGACAUGGUAGGACUGAGCCAACGCUCCCCAGCAAGGACGCUGAUGCCACCACCAGACAGCUUGGCAGGAACUUGACCCUGUGGACGUCUGGGGAGUCCGGGCUGAACGAGUCAGGGUUUCGGGACGGGGAGCCCCUGAUGUCAGCCCGAAGCCCCUGCUACCUAAAGGAGCUGGUGGUUGUGUCAGUUCUGCUGUUGCUCUGCCUCAGUCUGCUCAUCACCAUGUUUCUGUACGUCAUUAGAAAGCGCUGCCGGAGACGAACAGUCCCACAGGCAGGAACUCCAGCCAGAGACUCCGACAGGCGGACCCCCGUGGAGCAGGAGGCUCUCAGGGGGAACCAGUUCAUGAGCAAACGCAACGGACAAGCGGCGCACAGCAGACAAGCCAGUGGGUUAGUUAGUAACGGGGCACUCACAGGCUCUAACGGGCAUUUGCCCAACACCCCCAUCUGAACAAGGAGAGGUCAUCCGACUGGUGGGAGGUUCUGUUUGCACAGCGACACAAACACUUGUGGUACGAUUUGGACCUAAUAGGCUGAAAGACAUUCUUCCUGUGGUAUUUAAAGACAUGUGACUGUUGAUGUUGGUACUUCUUUAUUGUUGCCAGACACUAAACACACGUGAUGUGAUUUUCUGAAUGUUUCUGUGUGUGACAGGUACGAGCUGAUCCAGCUGGUUCUUUGUAUAUUUUUGUAGACUAGUCAGUAUUUGAUGCGAAGCCAGUGACUGCCACUUAUUUAUCUCUUUUUAUGGGAUGAUGCCAUUUUUUAUUAGAUAAAAAAAAAACAUCUCAGAAUCAGGAACCAAAGAGUUGAUGCCUGGAUUAUGUUCAGUGUCAAGUUCCCCAGCACUAUAAGUAUAAUGAAAAGGCCACAAACACCUUGUUAUUAGGCGUCAUGCACAUCGGGCCAUUUGGACACAGCAUCAGUAAACACGCAGCCAGAACUUAAAACGUCGUGUAAACGGGAAACAUCGGGUGCUUCUCAUUUGCCUUAUUUCAUGUCUCUUCACUCCGUGGACCUGGAAAUGUAUCCGUCAGAAACAUUUAACUCAUUUCUGCAGUGAGAAGUGGUAAAAUCUUUUAAUUCUCCUGAUAAAAGGAAACAUUUAAAACAAAUGAGAAGACAACCUGUAAUCUGAUUUCUCAGCUAGAUUUCAAUUAUUAACCACCAGCUAUUUCUAUAAUCAAUUCAUCCCUUUGAGUCAUUUCUUUUAGGAAUGAUUCUUUACUCUUCUAUGACGGUAAACUGAAGACGUCACCAUUUUAUGACAUUUUAUGGACCAAACAACUCAUUAAUCGAUCAAAAAUGAUCGACAUAUUAAUGAAUAAUGAAAGUCUGAGAUUGUUGCAGCCGUAUGUGUAGAGAUUUAUCCUUUUCUUCCUAAUGAUUACAUUCAAAGUUCAUCUUUAACUUGCACUAAGUCGUCUCUAGAAGGCCACUAACCACUCAUCUAUUUGUAAAAUCCAGGCAUGUUUGCCCAAAAGAAGUGCUGUGGCCUGUCUUACCCUAACCACUGACCCAAAAAUCUGUUUUUUCUGAACUGGAGACACGGUCUUCAGUCUGAAAUGUGUCCUCUGAAAGUAGCCUGAGUC